CCCCUUCAAACCAAAAUUCAAUUCAAUCCCACGGUGAAUGCCCACAGAUUUCGAGCAGGUGGACGGUGAGAAACCAGUUUUGCCCUCUCAAGCUUUUCACAAUGGCUUCAAUGGCGUCUUCCAGCCCUUAUUGUUUCUGCAGUCGUUACAGAAAGGUUCGUUCACGCUCUGUUUCCACUUCCACCUUCCCCCGUAUCCUCCUCUGUCACAAGCCGGAAAACCGCGACAAAUCGCCUGAAAACAUUAAUCGAAGGGAAAUAGUUUUGCGGAGCAGUGAGUUAGCGAUCAUUGGAGCGAUUUUUAACUUGAGUGGGAAAAAGCCUGAGUAUCUUGGUGUGCAGAAAGGCCAACCAAGUUUGGCCCUGUGUCCAGCAACUAGAAACUGCAUCUCUACUGCAGAAAAUGUCAGCGAUCUCACCCAUUAUGCUCCGCCAUGGUGCUACAAUCCAGAAGAAGGAAGAGGCAAGAAAAACCCUGUUAGCAGAGAAGUGGCAAUGCAGGAACUGAUCCAAGUGAUAAAAUCAACAAAACCCGAUAAGUUUACGCCGAAGAUCGUAGAGCAGAAAGAUGACUAUUUAUUAGUGGAAUACGAAACUCCCAUAAUAGGGUUUGUGGACGACGUCGAGUUUUGGUUUCCACCAGGCAAGAAGUCGAUAGUAGAAUACCGAUCAGCAUCCCGAAUUGGGAACUUCGAUUUCGAUAUCAACAGAAAGAGGAUCAAGGCUUUGAGAUUGGAAUUGGAGAAGAAAGGAUGGGCUACGGUAGACAGUUUUUAAGGUGAAGGGAAUAACUCCUUUACAUAAUUCUUACAAACUUCACAUUCAUUUCAUAUUGCAAUUCAUGGUACCUGAAAAUUUUAUAUUUCUUGAGGAAAUAUUAAAUGGAGGGUGGUGUUCUUUAUGCGAUCCCUCCUACAUCUCAAAUUGUUUAUAUAAUGGGCCCAAAAAAUUGGCUCCCACAAGCUCGUAUUACAUAUGUGCACCCUUUGAUCUCCCUCUUGGAGGAAUUUAGCUAGACUCUGUAUUGAGAAUCGAAUCCCUCGAUAAAAGAUAUCUAGAUAGAAUCUAUAGAUAUACUUGAGAAAAUUAAUCUCCACGAUGAAUUCAAGCAUAACUCAAUGAAUAAGAUAUUUAGAUAGAAUCUA